AUGGCAAACGGCGCUGCUGCUUCAGUAUAUGUGGGGUUCCCCUUCAGUGAACAAUUACCCAAUGUCGCACGCGUCGACCAAUCUUAUAGUUUCACCAUGGCCAAUGUAACUUAUAAAUCCACUUUAGAUGAUGGGAUCAUUUCAUACCAAGUUCUGAAUGGUCCAAGCUGGCUUCAAUUCGACAGUGGAUCAAGAACAUUCCUGGGAACUCCAACCAAUCUGGAUUUGGGUUCGUUUGACAUCACCUUAACUGGAUUUGAUUCUCAAAAUAAUUCUCUCGCAAACAAUUAUACAAUGAUUGUUAGUGAUCUUCCAGGUAUUAAACUUACUAGUGAGGAUAUUAUGUUUUCACAAAUCGCUCAAUAUGGUAAAACAAAUGGUCAAAAUGGGUUGGUGGUUCAACAAGGGCAACAAGUAAAUAUUGCUUUUGACCCUUCAAUCUUUAAAGACGUUUCUUCCACUAACAAUGAUGGAGUAGUUGCUUAUUAUGGUAGAUCUGCCGAUAGAUCUUCACUUCCAAAUUGGUUGAAAUAUAACUCAAAUGCCUUAUCAUUUGUUGGAACUGUUCCUUAUGUGGUUAGUGAUAUUGCCCCAUCAACAAGUUAUAAUUUUGCCUUUAUUGCUUCUGAUAUCAAAGGGUAUGCUGCGGCUGUUGGAUAUUUUGAGUUAAUUGUUGGUUUCCAUACUUUAUCCACAUCCCAGAAUGAAACUGAAAAAAUUAAUGGAACUUUGAACAUGGAAAUCGAUUACACCGUUCCUGUUUUAGAACAAGUGUAUAUUGAUAAUAACUUGGUGGUCAAAGAAAAUAUUUCACAAGUUGCCAUUAAUGAUCUUCCUUCCUACGCAACUUUUAAUGAAUCAGAUUAUUCAUUAUCUGGAACAUUCCCUAACCUGUCAACAGUUAAUAACUUCACAGUAGUGGUUAAAGACGUAUAUGGUAACAGUGUCGAAUUGCCAUAUCAAUUGGAAGCCAUGUCUUCAUUAUUCACCUUGACAACAUUGCCUGAUCUUAAUGCAACCAAGGGAGAAUUCUUUAGUCACCAAUUGUUGAAGUCCUAUUUCACCGAUUUCAAUAGUACAACAAUUACAGUGGACACUAAUAACCAAUCUUGGUUACAGUACCAUUCUUCAAACUUGACUUUGAAUGGUAAUGUCCCUAAUGAUUUUGAUUCUGCUGAUAUAUCUAUUGUUGCAGCCUCUUCAUCAGACAACAAGUCCGAAGAAGAAAAGUCCUUCAAGAUAAAAGGUGUGUCUAAAACAACAUCGACUACUACAAGCUCAUCAACAUCAUCAACAUCUUCAUCCAAACCCUCAUCGACGUCUUCUUCAUCUUAUUCCUCUGGGACUUCUGUAGGCAAACAAAAGAAGAAAAGUAAUCUGGGUUUAAUAAUUGGCCUUGCUGUUGGUAUACCUGUCUUCAUACUAUUGGUUGCCUUAGCUUUGAUUCUAUUAUGUUGCAUCAGAAGAAAACAGCAAAAAACGGAUACACAAGACGUGGAGAAAUUACCCCCAAUGUCUGUGUUACCAGACGAUAAGUCCAAACAUAUGAGAGAUCAAGCAGAACAAUUGGAUGCUUUGAAACAGCUUGAAUUGCACAAAUCCGGCCUUACUCCAAUUAUUGGAGCAAUGCCCAAGAAAGUUGAUGAUAUUAAUUCUGUAUCUUCAUCUUUAACUCAUGUUGAUUCUCAUGAUCAAUAUUAUGAUACUUCUGAUAAACCAUUGAUGUCAUGGCGGGCCAAUGAUGACGAAGACUCCAAGAGCAUAACCAAAGAUGAAUCAGUGUUAGUUGCUAACAGCAACAACAACUAUAGACAAUCAGAUGCAUCUAUGAGCACAGUGAAUACUGAAAGGCUAUUUUCAGUUCGGUUAAUAGAUGAUCUUAGUGUUCGAGAUUCACAAAGAUCACUGGUAUCUGGAGGUGGCAUAUCAAGAAACUCUAGUGGUAACUUCCAAAGAUUAGAUAGUGAUGGGAACAUUGCUCAAGGUACCAGAGGUGGAUCAUAUUUGGAUAUAGUUGAUGAAGUCACAGAAGAGAUUAAUACAACUGGUGAAAGUACUUUACCUAAUGGGGAGGUAUCACAUUUCAAUACCUCUACACCUCCAAUCUUAGAUGACGAAAAUGAUAUAUUACUGCGUCCUAACGUUGAGAUCUUCAAUGCUGAAGAACCUAAUAAUAGCAGAGAACAGUCAUCUGUAUAUCAUUCUUUAAGGGAGGAUAGCAACCAGACGUUGGAUAGCUCCAGCAGUUAUAAUCUUUUGGGAAAGCUUAAUGACCUUCCUCAAGAUGAAAGGAACAUCAAUAAUGAUGACGAUAUACUACGGGAAGCGGAUGAUGAAACAAGUGGUACACCGUCUCCAAGAGGAAAUCAACUGCAAUCUGAUGUCAUCAAUACUUUCCCCUUCCAUUCAUCAAUUGAUAACAUCAGUGGGAUCCCUAUGAUUUCACCAAUGUCUGAAACUUCUACAUUAGGAAAAUCUCCACACAGUCUUGGUGGUGAUAGUUCUUCCAAAUACGUAGGAUUCAAAUUGAAUGGAUCCGAUCAUGGGUUACCAUUAGAUUCCAAUGAUAAUCCCAAAUUAGUAGCAUUUACCCGGAAAGCCAGUCUUCGUGACUCAUCAUAUGAGCCAGAUCAUGCAAUAAUCGCACAAGGUGAAUCAGCUGUCAUUCACAAUAGUGAUAGUGAUUGA